AUGGCUCCCCCUCGCACCUCCCGGCCGCCACCUAGCGCCCAGCCCCGCGGGGACAGCCGGGGGAUACCGGGGGGGCUUUGCGCGAGGGCGCAGAGAUCUGGGGACACCGGGAUGCUGCAACCCCCCCCCCCCCCCCCCCAUCGCCCCAAAACACCCCCCAGUGCUCCGUGCUGCACCCCAAAGAGCCCGCGUGACGUCAGCAGCGUGACGUCACAUCCCCGGGGAGGGGGAGAGGGGGAACUGGGGGGGGGGGGGAGGCGCCCCGGAGGCUCCUUCCUCCUCCUCUUCCUCCUCCUCCUCUUCCUCCUCCUCCUCCUCGCAGGAUGCGCGGGGGCUUCCCGGGGCUCUCCCUGGCGCUGCUGGCUGCGGAGCGCGCUGCGAGGCUCAGCACCAUCAUCCACUACCUGGCGCGGGGGCAGCUGGGCUGCUUUUGGCUCACCAUCGCCUGCCUGGCACCCGGCUACGUGCCUCAGCUCCUCAGCAUCCUCUGGUUCAGGGCGGACGGCCAGCCGCCCGGCUGCGGGCUCCUGGUCCUCCACGUCCUGCAGCUGGGCCUCUGGAAGCGGUGAGAUCCUCACCCCACGACCCACCCAGCCUCCCUACGCCUGCCAAAAAUCGUGGUGGACGUCCCGUUGUGCUGCCUCUUGCAGGUACUGGGACGUUUUGCGGCUGGAGGCGAAGGCGGGCGGCAGCGCCGGUGCCGGGGAGGUGCUGCUGCAGCUCGGGGACGUCUGCGUGCUGAGGCUGCUGGAGGCCCUGCUGCAGACCCUGCCUCACCUCCUGCUGCAGGCGUACGUCGUCGUGGCCGUCGAGCCCACCAGCGUUGUCCCCGGUGUCAGCGCUGGGCUGUCCCUGCUGUCCCUCUCCUGGGCGUUGGUGUCCUACAGCCGCUUCUCCUGCCUGCUGAAACCCGGCCACGUCCGCCUGCCGGCCGCAGCCCUGCUCUGCCUGCUGCUCUGGAGGACGGGGAUGCUGGGGACCCGCGUCCUGGCCCUGGUGCUCUUCACCAGGCUCUAUUCCUGCUGGGUUUUGGCUGUGGCAGGCGUCCACUGGCUGCUCAUGGCCUUCUGGCUGGUGGCCCAGCAGACGGACAUCGUGGCCCAGCCGUGCCGCUGGAGGCUGUUCAAUGCCCUGGUGGGAGCCGUGUACGUCUUCUGCUACGUCAACGUCCAGCCGGGUGCCUCCAGGCACAGGGUGGCUGUGUUUUACCUGGUAAUGCUGGUGGAAAACACCCUCCUGCUGCUGCUGGCCACCGAGUUCCUGCAGGCAGAGACGAGGCACAGCCUGGGCGUGACCGGGGCCGUCUUGUUGGGGUCUGCCCUAGGCGCCGCGGCUCUGGUGGUUUAUUACAGCCUGCUCCACCCCAAGUCCGCGGAGAUCUGGGCAGGCUUCCUGGAGAAAUCCUGCCGGGCCGCGGCUGCCGGUGACGAUCGGGCUGCUGGGAACAGCUCCCAAACGGGGCAAAGUUUGGGAAUUUCAGGAGAUGGCGAGUCCUUGGAGGUGGAAGGGACCACAGUGGCUCCCAAAAAGGAGAAUGGCUCGUCGCUCCUGCGUGUUGGAGGGUGCUUGGAGGACGGGUGGACAAACCAUCACCACUGGCUGCUGGUGAGGCUGGCCUUGAAGACGGGGGACGUGUCCCAGGUCAACGCAGCUUUUGGGGAUGGUGGCGUGGGAGAGGUGUACGCGGGCAAAGCCAGGCCUGGGGCAGAGCUGUGCCUCCCCACGAGGGAAAUCGCUCCCGUGCGUCUCGGAUCCGAUCUGACCGAUGCGAAAUUGGUGGUGGUGAGAAACGGAGGAGGCAGCAAAGGCGAGGUCGGUGCUGAAGGAGCAGCACGGGAGGAGAGAGCAGGGCAGGAGCUUGGUCCUCGCCCUGCCACCUCCCUGCCCAGCAGCUCCUCCCCGCUCCCGGACGAGGUUUCCUCCGUGUACUUCACUGCCGACGCUAGAGGCAUCACCUCUGCCGGUGUGGUGACGGCGACGGCCACCUCCUCGACCCUGCUGCAAGGGGACAAGGAAGCCCAGCCUCCCCCAGGCUGCCUGGCAGGAGGAGGAGGAAGAGGAGAGGAUUCAUCCCUCGGGAUGGCGAGCAUCAGCCCGAUCCUGGGCUCCUGCGCCCACCGGCAUCUGCAGAGCAGCUCUUCCCUCUGCAGGACAAGUGGCUGCGGGGCAGCAGGGCCCCCCGGGACCCCCAUGGGGUGGCAUCACCUUCAGGACACCCAGCAGGGGACCGUCCCGAGGAGCGAGCUGAGGCCGCCGUGCUUCACCUCCACCCCCAAGGCUGACCCUAAACCCUGCUGCCGGGCAGACGUGGUCCUGCGUGGUGAGGAAAUCGCCUCCCCUCCUGGAGCAUCUCCUGCUUCUGGAGAGCCUCAGCAGCUGGAAUAGCUUAAAAGUCUGGGUCUGGGUAUUUAUUAAACUUAUGUAAAAACCCCGACAGGCAGCUGGGGCAUCCUGCCUUUUAGGUCUUUGGGGUGAUGUGGGGAAAGGUGACCUGAAGCAAGUGCCUGUAGGAGCUGCGGGUCUGCCCGACGUGGACACCUGGCAGCUGUCUCCUGGGCUGCAAGGCUGGCCAAAGCAGGAAUCUUCUCAGGACAAACAAGUGCCUCAAACAGAAAUUUGACGGGCUUUACUCCUCCUCCUGGGCAGAGCAAGGCCCAAAUCAAGGCUCAGCGCCGCUCGGUUCAUUUUUCCCCCACCAAUUCCUUCGUGAGAGCUUUACCCCUCUGUUUGCUGGGGCCACGCCGGAGCCCAGACCCCCUGCAUGCUGCAGGUGGCAACCUCGGGACGUUGAAUCAGACCAAAGCCGUAUCUGCGUGUCCACGGUCGGGCUGAUUGGGGUCUGUUAAUGAAUUAUUAGGGUGAGCGAUGCUGGAGCAGGCAGUGGUGGCUGCUCACCCCGUCCCCAAACCAUGACCAAACCAGACCUAGGAGACGGAAAACCAAAUAUUUUGUAGGUCGGGUGGUGGGGCUGCCCUCAAACCUGUGCUGGCUGUCACCAGGCAAAACGAGGUUGGGAAAGAAAAUGCAUUCGAGGUUUGCUGUCCUGCCCUGGUCCACAGAAGGAUUUACACCAUCCUCGCUGCACUGGUGAGCGAUAAAUGUAUUUAACCCGCUGGGAAUUGCCCUGAACAGCCUCAGAUCUGCUUUAGAUGUAAUCACAAAACUCGCCAAGGGUCAGGAGAAGGUUGGGAGGGCUGCGUCCUACAGCAAAGGUCCCGCAGCACCGAGCAGGGGGUGAGCAACCACCCCACGGGGCAGCCGGG